GACAGGUGACAAGUGACAGUUACGGCAGGUGAAAAAUUUUAGUGAUUGUGCAUUUCGUACGAUUUAUUUGUUUUUAUUCGCAAAAUAGGUUGGAUGAAAAAAACUAUAUUGCAUAUAUCGUUUGCACGAGCGAAAGUAGUAUUUCGUUCAUAAAAAAAUGUCUUCGAGACGGAGAAGUAGAAGUAGGGAAAAGGUUGUGAAAAGCAAACUUAGAAUGGAUACAAAACCAGUCGCAAUUCGAAUUACAGACCCCAGUUUACCGGCCGGCAGGAGAAGGGAAAUAGAUAAUGUGAUGAAAAGGGCCAGGUCCCGAAAAUCCCCCAAUUCCGGCGUGUUUUGGGACAGAAAACUAUUGGAAGUCGAAGCCAAAGACCCGAACAGGUGGACGCACAGCGGCUACAAAUCCCUCUACCUGGACGGUUCGUCGUCGCCGUCGUCGAACGGCAAGCGAAGCCGGUCCCGCUCCCCGUCCAAGGACCGCUCGCGCGGCCGUCAACGCGGCGGCGGCCGUCCCUCGCCGCCGCCACCGCAGGCGCCUCCGAUGCGCCGCUCGUCGCCGCCGCCGUCGUCGUCGUCGUCGAUGUACGCGUCGAGGUCGGCGCGGUCGCCGCCGCCGCCCCGCUCGCGGUCCCGGUCCCGCGCCUCUCCGCCACCGGCGGCGUACAGGCGGCCGCCUCGAUCGCCGCCGUCGCCGAGGCGCGACAAAAAGAGAUCGGCGUCGAACAGCUCGAUCAGCAGCUGUUCGGACGAUUCGUGUUCGGUGUGUUCGCCCAAAGGGCACCGGAGCGCCAGGUCCAGAUCUAGAUCGUUCUCUCCGCCGCCGAGGCCGCGCAAGGUGCCGUCGAAAACGGUCGCGUCGUCGAGCAAAGCGCGACCGCGCGGCGUCCGCCCCCCUUCGCCCGCCUCCGCCGCCCCUCGCCGCGUUCCGAAACCCGUCACGCCGCCGCCGCAGAUGGCGGCGCGCAAACCGCAAAAAUCGACCGCUUCCGACAGGCCGACGGAUCCGAGGAGGCGGCCGCCGCCGCCUCGACCGAGAGGCGGCACCGGCGAGAUAAUCGACCUGGGGGCGGGCGUGAAGCCGCCCAAGCCGGGGGCGGCCGGCAAGAAGGUGCCCGGCGAGAAGGCCAUCGCGAAACCGAUGUUAUUGAAGCGAAUAAAGAAGGAACGGACGGGCCCGAGGGCGGGAUCCCCCGGCGCCGAAUCCUCCUGUUCCGGAGACAGCGGCGGCCCGUCUUCGGGCGGGGGGACGGGCGCCGGGGCGGUGCCCGCUCCCAUCGUGUCGACCACCAGCCUGACGCUGUCGGAGCGAUUCGGCAAAAUAGCCCAAUGGAGCGCCGACAGGGAGCGAAGGGAGAUGGAGAACAUGAAAAUAACGAAGACCGGCGGCAACAUGAAGGUGCUGCUGGAAGAGGACGAAUUUUUGUACGGUAGUCCCCCGAGGAGAUACAGUCUGUCGCCGGUGCCGAUCGGCCAUUUUCCCGACAAACUGUCGUCGUCGAAUCCAUCGCGAUCGGCCGCCUGGGACGACGUGCGCGUGCGCUAUCAGCACUACAAGGACCUCGGCUAUCUGCGGGACCUCUCGCUCGACGAUUACGUCAAAUGGGAGGAGUGGUGGUACAAGUAUCAGGAUUGGCUGGCCAACGAGCGGCAUUACGAACAUUGGCUGGCGACGCACGGCGGCGGUGGCAGCAGCGGCGGCGGCAGGCGUAGGGGCGGCGCGGGGUCGAAGAAACGGUUGCCCGCGUCGCAACGAUUGAAUUAGCUUUUAUUUUCUUAUGUGUAAUAUGUAUGCAUAUAUUUAUACGGGGUGUCGCGAAAACGCAUUGCGAAAGGGAAUUAUUUUAACGGUAUAUGGAGGUGACAAAAAUAUCCGUACAGUAUGGGUGUUGCUUCCCUUUACCAAUGAAACACCCUGUAUAUACUUAUACACAGAGUGUCCCAAGUGUAAGACGUGCGUUAGAAUUUUUUGGGGUUGGAGUUACUUUGACUUUAAUUCGAAAGAGCCUUUCCCUUUACAGAAUCGCUAGAAAAACAAAUUAAUUCCAUCUGCAUAAAAUUCUAAUGGGCGCCUUUAAAAUUGGGACACUGUAUACAUUUACGCGCGUUUUUUUAUUCAUUUAUUCUAAUGUGACGCGCUUUUGUAACGAAGAUUCGGUAAAAACCCGGUUUUAUUUCGAGUGAAAAUUGCAUUUCGAAUGGUUAAUUUGGUUUUUUGGUAAAACUGUUAAUAUUGAACCGAAAUAAUUAUUACGAAAUGCAAGUUAUUUGCUUAUAAUGUUUAUUUUUUUAAUAUUAUUUUGUGAAAAAAAUAUACCGAGUGACUUGAUUAAGUAGAUGUGGCGAAAUAAUAAGGAAAAAGGUAAAGUAUAUUUAAUAUUAGUUAUCGAAUUGAUCAUUGAUAUUAACUUAUCACUUAAGUACGGAUUUGUUACAUUUAAGUUCUAUUAUUUAUAUAUUAUUUCUUUUUUUUCUACAAUGCAAUACGGAAAUUUAGUAUUUAAUAAAGUUUUUCACAAAACUUUCAAUAAAAUUUAUUGCAGAAUAAAGUAAUCUCUAAAUAA